AUGAGUUUCGCUUCCUUGGAAGACCGUCUCAUCCGUGUUUUUGGUGCGUGGGGAAUGAUAGACGACGGCGUUGACUCUGAUACAGGAAAUGCCGAUAGUCAAGCGGCUACUGAGUUGUCAGAUCAACCCAUGAGUGGCUCCGAGAAGACGAAACUUCUAAAGGAGAUAACCGAAAUGGCCGACGCCUUUGUAGGCAUGCAGGCGAUUUCGGCCAGCCAUUCUGUCCAAUACCUCAACUUUAUAAUGGCGGCCCUGUUUGAACUGAUCAGCCACGACGAUCAGGACAUCCGGGUGGCAGCGGACGAAGCUAUCAACAAAAUAACAAAGCUUUCAGAUGUCUACCUCACGCAGCACGUUAUCUGCGAAUUUUUCAUUGAAAUGAAACGGAACCGAUCCAAACGCGCAUUAUCUGUCGCAAUGAAGAAAUUUGCAGCCUGUGUACACAAAGUCAAUCCCAAGAAACGAAGAAUGUACGCCAUCAACCUCCUGCCGGUUUUGAGAGGUCUUCUCCUGAACAGUUUGCUGGCUAAACUGGAAUCUGGGAAGAAUUACAUCCGCAGAGCAGCGGCAGAUAUUGUCGUCUCCACGGUUAUUCAUUCACGCCUACCUCGAGAGCUUGCCUACCGUCUCCUGCAACAAUUGGCGGGUAAGUGGUUUGUGCCAGCAGGUUUCUUUUUCAAUUAA